AAUGUGUUUGUGUUUGCACAAAAACUUCAAAGGGUGUUUUUGACAAAACUGCAUGCAGUUGCAACAGAUCUCAACCAACAUCUUGACAGUAAAUUACAGUUUACUGUUCAGUUUUAUCAUCUAAAAAUAUCUGAAUGUUUAAAUGAAUCAUGCACCAAAAAUGUCACACAAACAAUGUUUGCACAAAUACUCCAGAGAGUGAUUUUGAUGAAGUUGCAGCAGACUUCAGCCCACAUCUUGACUGCUGUUCACUGUUCAGUUUGAUCAUGUGAAGUGAUCUGGAUGCAUAAAGACAGCUAGAAGUGUCCUGUGAAAUGAAGUCGGGUGGGUUUGUGGCCGUCAGCAGCUUAAGUGUGUAGAUCUCUUUGAUAGUUUAUUUAAUGUCCCCCCUCGCUCCCCCCGUCUGGGCCCGUUAUCUCCCGCUCGUCACUGUCUGCGUCCCACUAAUGUGUCGUUGAUAACAUCUGUCCGCCUGUAUAUAAACCCUGAGCCGGCUCAGCUCCUGCAUCUCUCAGCUCCUCACCUCAGUCAGGAUCAUGCAUCUGUCUCACCUGCUGCUCCUGGCCGCUCUGCUGACCCCCGCCGGGGCCUUCGACCUGGGCCAGACCACACGCUGCGUCCCCGUCCCGCCGCAGAUGAGCGUCUGCCAGGACGUGCCGUACUCAGAGAUGCGUCUGCCGAACCUGCUGGGCCACAGCAGUCUGGAGGAAGCGGUUCCUCGCUCGGACGACUGGAGGACGCUGCUCCACACCGGCUGUCACCCACAGGCCCGGGCCUUCGUCUGCUCGCUCGUCGCUCCCGUCUGCCUCGACAGGUUCAUCCAGCCGUGUCGGAGCGUGUGCAUCGCUGUGAGGGAGAGCUGUGCUCCUGUGUUGGCCUGUCAUGGACACGCCUGGCCCGAAGCCCUGGACUGUGACCGGUUCCCCGCGCAGGACGACACGUGUCUGACACCCCUGCCCAAACACAUCAGCGCCUUCUCCAAAGAUUUCCCUCAGCCCGUGUGUCAGAGCUGUCCGUCUGUGGAGGAAGCCCCGUCUCUCAAAACCGUGCUGGACGCGCUCUGCCUCACCGACUUCGCCAUCAAAGCCAAGAUCUCGCGACGCCGCCUGCCUUCCGCAGACCCGGAGCUGACGGUGGAAGGCCCGGUGGAGCUGAUCCGGCGCGGUCCGCUGCUCCCGUACGACACCGUGAGCCUCAUCCAGCGCUGGCUGCUCAUCAACCUCCGCUGCGCGCUCCCGCUGGUGCGCCCCGGCCGCGCGCAGCUCUACCUGAUCACGGGCACGAUGCGCGCCUCCGGCUCCAUCCAGCUGUCCAGUCUGUUCCCGUGGCUGAAGAAGGACCUGCACAUCACCGCGGGCGCGCGCAAAUGGAAACACCACAAGUGCUGAGAUGAUUACGACACAGUGACACACACACAGCUCUUGAGAUGCACUCCGACUGUUGUACAUAGAGAUUACAGAAUUGUAAAGAAUAUUAUUUUCUAUUCAGAUGUACUUUGUAAAAGAUGCAAGUGUAUUUAUGUCUGUUUUUCGUAGUUUUUUGUUGUGUGCUGUAAAUAAUAAAUGUUUCUACUAUA